GCCCGCCUCUGAGGGCGCUCCCCCGUGCCGGGGUCCAAGAUGGCGGCGGCCGCGCUGUGCCUGUGGGGGCUCUUGGCGGGGCUGGCGGCGGCCGCUGAGGGGGGGCCCCGCACGCUGGUGCUCCUGGAGAACGGGAACCUCCGCGACACGCACUCCAUGUUCUUCCGCAGCCUCGCGGACAGGGGCUUCGACCUCACCUUCCGCACCGCGGACGACGCCGGCCUGUCCCUGAUCAAAUACGGGGAGUUCCUGUACGACAACCUCAUCAUCUUCUCCCCAUCCAUAGAAGAUUUUGGUGGGAACAUCAACGUGGAGACCAUCACGGCGUUCAUCGACGGCGGCGGCAGCGUCCUCGUGGCCGCCAGCUCAGACAUCGGUGACCCACUGAGGGAGCUGGGCAGCGAGUGUGGGAUCGAGUUUGACGAGGAGAGGACAGCAGUGAUUGACCAUCACAACUAUGAUAUAUCCGACCCUGGACAGCACACUCUGAUCGUGGCGGACACGGAGAAUCUCCUGAAGGCCCCCACCAUUGUGGGGAAGGCAGCUCUGAACCCCAUCCUGUUCCGAGGAGUUGGGAUGGUGGCUGAUCCCGACAACCCGCUGGUGCUGGAUAUCCUGACUGGCUCUUCCACCUCUUACUCCUUCUUCCCAGAUAAGCCCAUCACUCAGUACCCUCACGCCGUGGGGAAGAACACGCUGCUGAUCGCGGGGCUGCAGGCCCGGAACAACGCCCGCGUCGUGUUCAGCGGCUCCCUGGACUUCUUCAGCGACGCCUUCUUCAACUCCGCCGUGCAGAAGGCCACUCCCGGCUCCAAGAGGUACUCGCAGACGGGUAACUACGAGCUGGCCGUGGCCUUGUCCCGCUGGGUGUUCAAGGAGGAGGGGGUUCUGCGCGUGGGGGCCGUGUCCCACCACCGCGUCGGGGAGCUCACGCCGCCCAACGCCUACACCGUCACCGACCUCGUGGAGUACAGCAUCGUGAUCGAGAAGCUUGCUGACGGCAGGUGGGUGCCCUUCGACGGGGACGACAUCCAGCUGGAGUUCGUGCGCAUCGACCCCUUCGUGAGGACCUUCCUCAAGAGGAACGGUGGCAAGUACAGUGUGCAGUUCAAGCUGCCGGACGUCUACGGCGUGUUCCAGUUCAAGGUGGAUUACAACCGCCUGGGCUACACCCACCUCUACUCCUCCACACAGGUGUCCGUGCGGCCCCUGCAGCACACGCAGUACGAGCGGUUCAUCCCCUCGGCGUAUCCCUACUACGCCGGUGCCUUCUCCAUGAUGGUCGGGCUCUUCAUGUUCAGCAUCGUCUUCCUGCACAUGAAGGAGAAGGAGAAAUCCGACUGAGCUCCCUGUGGGAGGAGGAGCCUUUUCCUGGUGCCGGGCAGGGCCGGGCAGUGCUCGGACCCCCUGUGCGUCCGUGUGAGGACUGGUGGGUGCUGGAUGUGCUGCAGGGCUGCAUCUGGUCUUUUUAUUUUGACACCUGGGGGGAUUAAUAGGAAUGAAAAUUAAAUUGGGGGGGAUCCAUUACUGAAGUGUUUGCAAACCCAGGACCAGGAUGCCUCUGGUGUUCACUGAGGAAUCAUGAUGUUUGUCUCGCUCUGUCAUGGGAAGGGUUUGGAUUGGAGUUGGUUGGAAUGAUUGGGAUUGGAGAUUAACUCACCUUUCAAAAUAAAGUCUCAUUCCUCUCACCCUG